UUCUGUCAAUUUUGCGUUUGUGAUUCGUAGUAAACGUGUUUUUGUGAAUUUAUUUUGUUUCUACAUUUUCGCAAUAAGCUUAUUUAUAACUAUAAAAUUUUAUUAGCCGCCUAUAUUAGGAUUAAUUUUAUUGUCAAUUAUUCAUUUUAAACCAUUACAAUGGUUGUUCUAUCUUCAACAUUUGCUGUACCGGCUGAGGGAGUUUUAUUUCAAACACCCUCAACUAAAUUACUCGUGAACGAUCUGGAAUUAGGCACGGCCACAUUAUACAUAACAGAAAAUAAUGUGAUUUGGGGUGGUGGAGUAAAUGCAUCCGGAGGUGCAUCUCCGACGAUAUCGCUCCUUUAUCCUAAUAUUUCACUCCACGCCAUACAGAGAGAGCCCAUUCCAGCCUUAUAUAUGGUUCUGAAUUAUGAGCUCAGGCUACCAGAAUUGAUUCAUCAGGCUGGAGGUGAUGCACAACAAAAUGAACAAGAUGAUGAUGACGACUUUGAUGCCGAUGAUCACCCCAUCACACAGCUGCGGUUCAUCCCCCAAAAUGAAUCGGAUCUCAGCACCAUGUACACAGCAAUGAGCCAAGGCCAGGCUCUUCACCCAGAUCCUGCUGAUGAAGUGGACGAUGACGACCCAUACAUGGAUGGAGAGGAAUUUGAUGAUGGCGACGAGGAGUUCGAGGACGCGGAGGAGAGCGCGGCGCCCGAGGCGGCCGAGCGCCUCGCCGCGCUGCGCCUGCACAACGGCGCCGGUACGCGCGGGGCCCGCGGGGGACCCGCAGGGGACCCGCAGGGGACCGUCCUUAGCCCCUUGUUUAAUUCUACUGUGAAGACGCGGAGGCCGGUGAAGAGUGAUCUGUCUGACAUGAUUAUUUGGUAAUUUACUCGCCAAGUAUUUACAGAUUCCCUAAGGAGGGACUUCUUGUUGUAAUAUCUUAGUAACGUUGUAAUAAUUCGCUAUAAAUGUCGAUCUAGUGUUAUGAUUGGUGAUUUGCAUUAUGUAUGAAUUUAUGUUACAUAUAAAUUGUACGGAUAUAAAUUUUAUCGAUAUUUCUUUAAUGUAAUUUAUCGUUAGUUAUGUUUAUAUACAUUUAAUAUACUAUCUCUCCCUUUUAUAAGCAUACAUGUUACAGUCAAAAUUCUAUACUGGUUAAAAUAAACAGUAAUUUUAAUUAGUGGACAUACGCUUUUUAUGAUUUUGUAUCUCAGUACUAGUACAGUACUAACGGCCAUUUUUAUAUAUUUCUUAAAAUGGUAGUUUAUAGAAAUUAAAGUAUCCUAAUAAUCUAACCUAAUUUAUGUUUUUAUUCGAAAGUACCUUGACAAUGUUGCCAGUCACAAAUAAUAUUGACCAAGAAAGAGUUCUGACUGUAAUAUUUACAUAUACAUUUAUAAUGGUCGUGUAUUGAAUAACUUAAUGUGUACACUUGGCUUAUGCUAAACUAAUAAGCACUGCCGCACCAAUGUUACUUAUUACUUUAUAUCUCAUUGGAGGAUUCCUUAGACAAUUAAAAGUGUUUUUUUUUAUUGUGACACAGAAGUAAUGAUUGAAACAAAACGCACAUUACAUUUAUGGCAUGAACUAAAUAGCUAUUAUAAAUGAAAAGAAUUGAAGUUUCAACUUGUCUACAUAUAAGUAACAUCUAUGAAAAAUAUAAGAUUUUUUGCCAUCAAAAACAAAGUGAUACCAAACUUUUUGAUACUAUUUUAAAAAUAAAUUUCAAUACUUUAUAUAAAAUUAACUUAAUAUCGAAAAUUUGAUUAAUAUCGAAAAUGUGGCAUUUUGGCGCUUUAAUUAAAUUUAUUUGAUAAUAUUUAAUUUCUAAAAAAUACUUGGAUGCCAUAAUAUAUUUAAAAAUCAGAAACCCGCCAAAAAUUGUGAUGAAAAGAAAGAAAUUAUUUGUGAUUUGUAACAGAUUAAAAAUUAUGCCUAUAACUUUGUGUCAAGCCAAAUUCAGUAACUCUUUAUGUAGUCGUAAUAAAAUGCAGUGAUGCCAACUUGGGGUAAACGCCCAAAUUUGGGGGAAUGAAGAUGUCCAGGGGGUCUAUUAUUCAACAUAUUUUUUUCCUUAAAAAACGCACGACUCUGUACAAUUUAUAUUAAGCCUUGAAUCAAUUAACAAACUAAACCACAUUAUACAUACAUUGAGAUUGAAAUAAUAGCUCAACGGUCAGCGUGCUUGUACAACACGUAAGAAGCCCGCCGAACAAAAAUAAAAAUCGUUUUUUUUCAUUGUUAUCAUCAUUAAUAAUAUUAGGUCAUUAAUUAAUGUAUGUAAAGUGUAAAAUGCACCCGCAUAAAUACAACAGCUAUUUUAAACUAUUUGAAUGUAUGUUUAAAUUGUGUAUGAAAUUACCUCUCAAACCCAGUGUACAACCAAAAAUUUAGGGGUUCUUAAUAGAUAUUUAGGGGAAUUGGAAGUUGGUCCUAGGGAGAAUAUUCCGUAGGAGUUGGCAUCACUGAUAAAAUGUUUUAUUUUUGGUAAAAUGUUUAUUGUAGUGAAUAGUUUUAUAAAAACGCUUAUAAUGUUAUUUCAUGUUUCUCUGAUUCUAUCUCCGACCGCUCAAAGUGUUUGUAUUCAGUGUUCAUAUUCAGAAAAUUGUUCGAUAUCGAAAUUCGAAUAUUAAAAUUAUAAUAAAAAAAUAACUCAAUUUUUCUCUAACCUUUAAUUGGAACCUUCUAGACACGCAGUAAGGUAAGUAAACUAUUUGUGAAAUGUAUAGAACUGGAGUAUAGUUGUAUUGAUAAGAGUAAUAAAAUAUCGAUGAGUCA